AUGUGUCGGAAUUUAGAAUGGAUUUGCUCUUGCAUGAGGCCUCCCGCACCUGCUCCAUGGAAUGAUAAUGUGUACGAGCUCGCCCGCGAGUGGGCCCGUAAAUACGAUGUCUCGCUAGGGUGCCUUUAUUGUGCUAUCGACGGCUUGUACAAGCGCAUGCUCUUCCUCCCACAAGAAUCUGUUGGUGCGGGUGUUGCGAGGCCACACGAACGUGACCGCCAAGAAGGACGCAACGACGAAAUGUGUCUGUCACAAGAACUGGACGAGUCCGGUCCAACUGGCAUGCGAAUGCUGUGUCCGAAGCAGUGCAAGUGUGCGGCGGACGAGGAGGCGGACGAGGUCGUGGAGAUCAGCGGGGCGGAGUUGCAACGCUACGAGGAGCGUAGCCGGGAGAUUCAUGAAGAAUUAUGUAAAUUCGUCCUGGAUUGUAACAACCCAAAUCCUCCUCGCAGGAUCGCCGAUUAUUUUGACCCACUAGAUUGUACCGGUCUACCUGAGACCACUCUAAAAGAAAUUGACGAAUCGAAAAACAACUUUGGCCUCCGCCUGAAAGCCGGCUCGAGCAACUUACCCCUUCAUGUCGUCCCACGUCUGGCUCGCCGCCGAUCUGCCCCUCUCCCCGCUGCUGUCAUUCCCACGUUACCCGUACUUGGUGCCUUCUCCCUACGAAACCUUUCGUCUCCCAGUAUAUUUUACGGACUGGCAAGCAAGACAUUUAAGACAACAAUUCCAAGGCUCUUACCUGACCGGCGAAAAAUCGUGGACGCAACCGAUCAGUCUAUCUCAGAUGCAUGGAGGGAGCACUUCCGCCUGCACUGCAAUUGUCGGCCGCUUUCGGGCUGGAAUGCUCUACACGAAUUGCCUAACGGGAGAAAUUGUCUGCUUGGGAGACUCGCAGGUGAUUGUGGACACCCGGAGCCGGAACCUGCACCGGCCAUUCGGGGUCGAUGGGCUGGUAUGUCGCAAGAAGACUGGGCUCUCAUUCGGCUGGAGGGCCAAGCCCGACUACAGAAUCUCCUCAGCGGCAAAAUUGACGACACGUCUUCUUUGCCGGGGGCCCCAGUGCCAGUGGUGGGCGACACACAUGCUUCGUCGAGGUCUAGGAGAUCUUCUGCGGUGCUGACCCCUGGUCUUACUGGUGAUGUCGACGACAACUCGAACUCUGUUUUGGAAUCCUUGCUUCCGGUCGCAUCUUCACUUGACGCUGUUUCUGAACCGUCGAGCUCAAGCCGCGAGUUUACUCUGGCAUCGAAUAAGGCCUCUCGUGGUUCGUCCACCGAUAGUGUCACGUCUACCGCGGCGUCCUCAGCUGGUUCAACGGCCUUCGCGCGUUCCGUCUCCACUGUCUCCACGUCCACCACUGCAUCCACGUCCACUGCCGCGACCUCGUCCUCGACUUCCUCGACGCUACGCAUUCGCAUCCCUGCACCUUCGAAACGCAUGAAGGGGGAUGCCGCAAAGAAAUUAGAUUGUAUAGUUGAAUGCAGCGAUGAGGAGGACGACGAUACUCCUUUCGAGUCCGAGCCACCGAGGCCGAGCGCCCGUAUUGCGCCUUUGGAAUGCGUAGGGGAGGAGAAACAGGAGAAGAGGAUGCUCAAAAGAACCAACAGGCGUUACUCUGACGAUGAUAGUGAGCGUGAGGAGAAGUGGGCUGAGAAACGUCGCAGGGUAGAUUGA